UUUCUCAAUUAUUUCAAAGUUAAUGGAGAACAGGUCUUUAGAAUAAAUGGUCUGAUCACUCUUCAGAUCACACUCUCUCUCUCAAUUUUGCACAUUAACACACACAGAGAAAUAAAGAGUUUGAAGAAAGAAGGAGAAAGGGAGAGAGAGAGAGAUGGGGACUAACAGUGGCUUUGGUAUGAUAAUGGAAGAAAAAGACAACCCAGGAUUCAUCAAAGUUCUUAUAAAGGAAGAUCUAUCAUCUGAAACAAUGAGAGGGAUCCCUCAAGACUUCUUGAAAAGCAUCUCAGCUCAGGAGUUUUCCUUCAAGAUGGUCUUAAAGUUGCCAUGGGGAAGCUCAUGGAGAAUCAAGCUCUCAAAAUACCAAAGCUACUACUACAUGGAGAAAAACGGAUGGGAGCAGUUUUUGAGAGACAAUGCUUUAGGUGAUAACGAGCUUUUAACAUUCACGCACAAGGGUAACAUGUGUUUUAACGUAACCAUCUACCAAAUAAAUUGCCUUGAGAUGCUUAGACCUACAAAAUCUGCAACCAUUGCUUCUUCAAGGAACAAUGUGAAGAAGGAAGAGAGAGAGUCUUUGUCUGCAUCAAGCUAUUCUAUCUCAGAAACUGCUGAAUCUACAGUAGGAGGAAGAUUGAAACAGAAACGUGAGCUUAACUUGGGAAAGAAGAAAGUCAAAGAAGCUGAAAAAUCAAAGAAAUGUAAGAAGAGGAAGGUGGAUACUGACUCUAAAGCUGGCACUUCGUCUCUUGUUCCAGAGUUUACACUCACCAUAAAGAAAUCAUACGUUCUGUUCUUGGGUGUCCCGAAGAAGUUUGCGGAUAUGCAUAUGCCGAAGAAGGAAACGUUGUUCAAGAUUCAUGAUUCAAAAGGGAAGAAGUCAUGGGAGGUUACGUAUGUGGUCUCUAAAAUACAGUCAAGAUUCUCUCGUGGAUGGCCUCGUCUGGUUAAGGAUUUGGGUUUAGAGGUCGGUUAUGUUUGCACCUUCGAGCUCAUUAAACCGAACGAGAUGAUUCUCAGUGUGUCCAAGACUCCAACUCCAUGUAGAUGAGACUGAUCUUAGUUAAACCGAAUCUUUAUGUUGUGUUAGUCUGUUAUUCAUAAAUUUCCAAUCUUCCGGUUCGGAAUUACAAUUAAUCUUAACCGAGAAUUUUAAUUUCCG